UGAAACCCAGACACACCAUUGAGAAGGUCUUGCAUUAAACAUGGCUGAGUUGAACAACCAACCACCAUGGAGUGUUGCCAGUGGUACGACCACAUUCAUUGAAGAUCCGGAAGCUUCUUUAAUGGGUUCACCCUUAAAUGUUGUCCCACAUAAUCUUUUACCUGAAUUUGCAUUUAAUGAAGAUGAAGAUGCAUUUGUUAAGAGUAGAGUUGUUGAAGAUACUGAACCUAUUUCUUCACAGUUUCCAGGAGUUGAAGUUUUGUAGUCUGAAAACGAGAACGUGGACGAUUCUGCCUCAGAUCUGCAUCCAAACGGCACUAAUGAUGAUGACGAUGGUGUUCAGAAUUGUAUUUACACAGAGUUGCUAUCCACAGGUAUUCACAUGGACGAGGAACUUUUGUAACACAAGCUUCUAUUUUUUUUGUUUACGUUUUUAUAUGUACAUUAAAUUUAAAAUCUUUGUAGUUUAAAAUUUGUAACAAUGUGAUGUAAUAUAAGACUUUAUA